AUGGGUCAUAAAAAUUGGAAAGCGAUUGGUAAUAAGCAUGGUCGACGCAAUGGAAAGCAAUUCAAUAAAAAUCCACUCACCCAAGAAGAUGACCAAGAAAUAAUAAAACUCUAUGAGGAGAAUGGAAAAGCUCAGGCUCACGAUGACAUCUCUACUCCUUCUAGUCUGGAGGUGUUUGCAGAUUUUGCAACGAAAUGGGAAAAUAAAAUGUCACUCAAGGCGGUACUGAAUCCCAAAAAUUCUCAAAACAUUGAACUAUUUUCUAAUUGUUAA